UCAGUGACCUACUUUAAACCAGAUACCUACUUUUAAUCUCACCUAUGUAAUUGUAGUGCAAUCAAAUAUACAUUCCGUUCAUUUGACCAGUGCCGUCUUUAUUAACAUCAACAUCGGAAGAUUUAGAGCUAGAUAACAUAAUACUCAGUCAAAGGGAAUUUUCUGGUUUUUGUGUAGUGAAAUGGACAAGGUUAUCACAUCAUUUGUGCAAUGUUCGAUUUCCAGAGUGGUAUUUGAAGUUCAAGAGAAUCCUAUAAUUAUUAUUGCAAGGUAUAACUCGAGACGAAAUAUCCCGGAACGAACUAUAUCUAAGAAAUUACUGUAGGAGGCGACCUUACUGGUGGAAGGUAAAGUUACCAGGACAAAACGAGAAAGGACGUUCUUGAAGACAGGUCUAAAAAAAGUCACCGGCGACCCAACUUGCAGACAAAUAAAUCAACGAUGGCUGUUGUAACGGAUAUUUAUAGGGGCGUCAAUAACUAUUUAAAUAAAUAUCAAGAUCCAAGAACUGCUGAUUGGUUCUUAAUGUCAAGUCCUUUUCCAACGUUGGGAAUAUGCCUUUCAUAUGUAUUUAUAGUUAAGGUAUUAGGUCCUAAAUUGAUGGAAAAUAGGAAACCUUUCAACUUAAAAACUACAUUAAUUUAUUACAAUUUCGCUCAAGUUGUGUUUAGUAUAUGGCUAUUUUAUCAAAUAGGAAUCUCAGGAUGGUUUACGGGUGAAUAUAGUUUUAGAUGUCAGCCAGUAGAUUAUUCCAAUAAACCAAGUACAAUAAGAAUGGUGCAUGCAUCAUGGUGGUACUUUUUCUCAAAAUUUACAGAGUUUCUUGAUACCAUAUUUUUUGUCAUGAGAAAGAAAAACGAUCAUGUGUCAACUCUUCAUGUGAUCCACCAUGGUAUUAUGCCAAUGUCUGUAUGGUUUGGUGUUAAAUAUACACCAGGUGGUCACAGUACAUUCUUUGGAUUCAUCAACACUUUUGUUCAUAUAAUCAUGUAUACAUACUACAUGUUAUCUGCUAUGGGACCACAUAUGCAAAAAUACCUCUGGUGGAAGAGGUACCUCACUACAUUCCAAAUGGUUCAAUUUGUGGCAAUAAUGAUACAUGCUUUCCAACUUCUCUUUAUCGACUGUAAUUAUCCAAGGGCUUUCGUAUGGUGGAUCGGUAUGCAUGCUGUCAUGUUCUUUUUCCUUUUUAAAGAAUUCUACAAUCAAACUUACAUUAAGAGAAGACUCAGUGAAGAGAAGAAGCAGAAAGAACUAGUCGCUAAUGAAAAGAAGCAGAAUGGCUACACAAAUGGUCACGUUGAACAUAAUGGCGUACACAAAAAUGGAAUCAGCAAUGUUAGUGAAUAUUAUGUUAGUGGAACAUCAGAUAUCCACAAGAGGAUAAAUUUAUAGUGAUAUUAGUUGUAUUAGCUCUUUUAUAAUAAUUCCAAUGAAAUGGACGAAUUUACUUAAUUUAAUUGUGGUGAAUGACUAGUAAUUUUAGGGAAAUGAAAAAGGUUUUUUAAGGAACAGCAAGCACCUGAUAAACAACUGUGUUCAAAAAUUCAGAGUGUACAGUAUGUGACAAUUAAUCUACGUAAUUAAAUACCCAUUAUAUUUGUACUUUUGUAUAAUUUUACGCAACAAAAAAUUCAAUAUGUAGGUUUUUUGUCACAUACUGUACCCUGUUGUUUGGCGUUAUUUAUCUGAUAUAUUGAUUGCAAGGUUGAAAACUAUUGUAUUUUCUAGUAGCACAAUAAUUAAUAUUGCAAAAUGUGACAAAACUUUUGUAAAUGUAGUACAAUCAAUCAUUAUUAUCAACUUGUGCCUUUAGAAAUAAUAUAUGGUAGUAAGAAUUGUUAUAUAUUAGUUAAUCUAUCAGUAAAUAACGUCAAAUCAAAAACGACUGUAAGCUAUUUCCAUUAAUGUAGUUAAUAUUAUGUUACUUAUUCUAACAAAUUUUGUAUAUUUUUGAUAAUUUGCUUUUGCGUUUUGGCAAAAAAUAUGCAAACUUGUUAUAUGACAUAUGUCAAUUAUCCAGAGUAAAUUUCUCUUUCACAUUCUCUCUUUUACAAACAACCAUCAAAAAAUUACUUUUAUUUUUUUUGUAAUAAUUUUCAAGUAAUUAAUUUUGAGGUGAAGUCAGCUCUAGCUCAUCUAAAAAAUGGAAAAAUUCCUCUCAUAAUCAGUUCACAGUUCAAUCAAACCUAAAUAAAUUCUCAAUUUGAACUGAUUGUUGCUGGACAACAAUUUUGUUUAACUAUUGAAUAAAUCGACCUUAAUGUGAAUAUAUUUUUGUAGAAAUCCUGCAGAUAGUAGUAAAUAAAUAACUAUCAAUAUAUAAGUUCUUAAAUACUUACCAAAGACCUGUAGUAUAUACAGAUUAAGAAAGUAUAUACAGAAUAGGAAUUAUGAAUAUUUGUUACCAUUCUGAUCUUAAAUACCUCAAUUUAUAUUGGGCAAACUGACUUUUCUAAUAAAUAAAGUACAGUUAACUGGCCCUACUAGACAUAAACUGGCAAUACUCAAAAUCCUGUUCAUUUUGGUAGAACAAAUUUCAAUUUUUUAAUAAUAAAAUAUUUGAAUUAUAGGUUGUUAUAAUAAAUUAUGCAAUUUCUCAAUUAUUUGGAAGUAUACUUCUGUAUAUAAUAGAACUUUCUAUCAAAUUUCUGUUAUGUAUCAAUAUUAAUUUAUUUUUAAAACAAUAAAUCUGGUCAACAGACACUUCGAGUGGCAAAUAAAUAGAAUUUCAAUUAUUUCAAUCACAUAGUGAUAAAAUAAUGCCUUGAAGCAACGUUCUAUGCACAAAAAUUUUUUACCAUCUUAUUUAAUACCUUUUCCACUGCUUGAAAAGCUUUUCGAAAAUUAAAAAAUUUAAAAUAUAAAUUUUUAAGUAUUUACUAUUAGUAUCUUUAGCAUGACAUGGAUUGUCUUUUGUAAUUUCUUUGUCUAUAUAUAAAAAACUAUUUAGUUUGUUAUUACUAAUUUGGCAAUUUUAGAUAAAGAAUCAUAUGAAUGACAAAUCACUUGAAAUCAGAAACAGAUGGGCUUUUGUGUAACCAAAAAUUAAGUACCACAUCUUUCGAUUGGAAUUAAUUAAACAACUUCAUUAUAUUUAAUUUAAAAAUAAAAUUUUGCCACACUCAGUUAUAUUUUCAUACAAAAGAAGUUAAUAUGAAAUCCACGUUGUUUUACCCAUCCAAUAACCAAAUAUAUAGUGCCAAUAGCUGUAUAGAAAUGCAGUUAAACAAUGUAUUAACUGACAUUAUAAAACAAACGGAAUUGAUUUUUUGUACGAAGACAAAUUUUACGAUGGUUUGAAAUUUUCUAAAUGAAGUUUUCCCAAUAGAAGUAAGAAUGAUAUGUACAAGGUCAAGGGCGUCGCCAACCAAUGGCCAGCAGGUUGCAAGUUGAUAUGGAGGAUGAGAAAAGUACGAAUUGUAGGUAAAAUUGAGACCACAUGAAGGUUUUCAUUUGUAGUAUCAGUUUUACAUCUACGGUACAGAGUAUAACGUGUAGAGCUACACAUGUUAUUAACUGUACAAUUAAAAUAAUAGUUGAAAAUAAAUUAUUACAUUUGAUAAUUUUCUUGGAAUCUCUAGAGGGGGCAGUUAAUUCUCCCUGUGCCCUUUGGUGACGCUCUUGUACAAUAGAUACAUUAUACAGAGUAUCGACAAACUGUAGUAUCAAAUGCAAAUUAUAUAUGCUACAUAUUGUUUUAUAUCAAAAUAAUGAGUAACCUGUAUCCAAGAGUUAAUUUCUGAAGAUGAUGUUGUCAAAUCUGUUUUAUAAAUAGUAUCUAGGCUAAGCUACUGCGUAUAAACAUGAGCGUGCAACGUAGAAGAAUUAUUGGGUAAAUUUUGUAAACAUUUUAGUUCUACUUUGAAACUAUAAGGUAUUUUCAGAAAAAAAUACCAUCAAAUUUACUUGUUGUUCCUCCAAGAUGAUGCACAUGUUUAUCAAUAAAAAACAAUUUAUUUUCGUAAGUUUAUACAAUGUAGCAAGAGUGGUUUUCUAGGUAGCAUUUUUUCUGAGAUAUACUGAUGGUUACUGAGAUGUAGAUUAUAUGAUUAUACAAUCACAAGUGGUAUCUGUAGUUUGCAUUUGGCAGGAAAAUUUUCUUAUAUCCUAAUCAGGGAAUACAUGGAUACUCAUAUAAAUAUAAGAAGUAAUGAGGUAGAACGAAUAUUAAUUACUAUUUGCUGUGAUAGGAGAAUUCAAAAGGUGUGAUGCUAUGAAGUCUAUUCCCAAACUAGUAUGGAAUUUGCAAAAGAGAAGGAAACUUGGGAUACUAUUCAGAAAGGAUCAAAAUUUAAUUUACAGAUGAUUUUCUUGUAUAUUUGAAACCGAUAAAAGAAAUUAUGAAAAAUCGCUUGAAACAAUCAAAGGCGUUGAAAACAAUUUUGGAAAUCAGUAAAGUUGAAAAUAUAACAUUUUUACCCCUUAUCUACUUAUGAAAAUAUAAAAAACAAUUCAGGAAAUUAGUUAAAACAUUGAUCAUGUAGUGGAACUAGAUCUUCUUCUUGUCUGUAUGCAGAUUACCCUUAUGUCCAGGAAUUUUUGGUUACUUUAAUUCCAUACAUAUUUCUUUUGGAAACACUGAAAAGUCUCGCUUAAAAUGAAAAUAGUCUGCCCCUUAUCCCUUUUUUUCUUUAUUUUUGCUUCAACUAAUUUACAUUUCCCAGUUCUGUUUUCCCAAACUGCUCCUGGUGCUCGGAAAUUUAUCCGACGAAGUUCAUAUAUCAACUCCGCCGAUGUAAAGUACUUAAAAUAUACUGAAAAACGUUAACCACGAUAUUCAUUGUGAAUAUAGGAACAAAUUUUACCACAAAUUAUUCCCGAGGACAUCGACAUAAUGUACAGGGGGUUACUACGUAUAUGCCUUCUGUAAGAAUUUGAGAACCAUCCAUGUCUAAAUUUUUGGCUUCUUCUGGCAGUUCAGCAACUGAAAUUUGUUUCUUUCUAAGGAAAAACAGAACUGUGACUAGUAAAAGAUCUAGCGAGCAGAAACGGUUCAUCAUUCGUGUAUAUCGUACUCAACACAAGUAAUAACAUUGUAUAAUACUCCUUGGGCGUUAAUGGGUUAAGCUUCGUGGUCUAUGAAUAUUUCUAACAAAACCGGCAGAAAACUAGUAAAACUUUCUAAUUUUUGAAAAAACGGAUUACUAGAAUCCACUGAGCAAGAUACUUAUUUAAUGAUGAGAAUAGUAACUACCAGUACUUACUAUACAGAUUGUAGCAGGUGAAAUAAUCAGUUUUUAGGACGGUUUUUUUGUGGUUGACAAAUGAACUACGUUACAUUGUAUAUUGUUACGAUCCAGGCAAGCUAUUAUUGGAUAAACUAGCAUUUAGAAACUAUAUCUAUGAAUGUGAUAUUUUGUUGGAUAAUUGUUUCAAAUAAAAAACCUAUCCUUGAAAUUCUGAGAAAAAAUUUUGAAAACUGAGCGAAUUAUUGAAAUAACUCACGAGUUCGUUUAAUAUCAUACAUUUCUAGUAUUUCUUUGUUUUGUUUCACUUGGUUCUAACAUAAAACAGCAACAACUGUGAUAUUUUUGAAGCAUUCGAGUAGUUUCAACUGACGAAUUGAAAAAUUUUCAAUAUGUUAGUAAUUACCUUUCAAGUUUUCGUUUAUUUAAUACAUUUUUUAAUCACCAACAGUAAAUUUUAUCAUGUACUUAGGAAUAUUAGAUGUUCUAAGUAUAUUUUAAAUUUAUAUUAUAUCAAUUUUUUAAUUAAUAAUUCUUUCUUGAUGAAAUAAUUGUUAUUGAAACGAUAUAAUUGUAUGUUGAAUUGUUAAUUGUUUCAUAUACAUUAUUUCAUGAAAAGGUAUUGCUUUCAAACUUUUUUCUCAGUGUAUUAUUUUUCACUAAUUAGGUGCUAUUGUUAAUGUAAUAUUAUUGUUAAUUGUAUUUUUUUAGAUAUUUAUUCCACGUUUCAGUUCUGGAAACGUAAAAAAAUAUUAUUAAAUCCUACUAAAAGGGAGUUGAAAAAUAAUAAAAAAGUUGUUGAAAUUUGAAUAAAUUUACAAUUUUAAAAUGUUUCUGGUAUAUUCGAUAUCAAUUGUACCUUAUUGUAUUUUUAUACUCACCAUUUGAAUAAAGAUAGUGAAUAAAA